AUGAGGCUGGUACUUCCGAACCCGGGCCUGGAGCUCCGGAUCCACAGCUAUGAAGACCUGGAGAGGAUGGAGAAGGAGGAGACUGGAGACAGGCCCAAGUGGGACAACAAGGCCCAGUACAUUCUGACCUGUGUGGGCUUCUGCAUCGGAAUUGGAAAUGUGUGGAGAUUCCCUUAUCUGUGUCAAAGUCAUGGAGGAGGAGCCUUCCUGAUCCCGUACCUGAUCCUGCUGGUUCUGGAGGGGAUGCCUCUCCUUCUGCUGGAGUUUGCCAUCGGCCAGCGUCUGAGGAAGGGCAGCGUGGGGGUCUGGAGGGCCAUCAGCCCCUACCUCACCGGGAUCGGCGUGGCCUCCAUGCUGGUGUCCCUACUGAUCGGGCUGUACUACAACACCCUGAUAGCCUGGAUCAUGUGGUACCUCUUCAACUCAUUUCAAGAUCCACUACCCUGGAGCCAGUGUCCUCUCAAUGACAACAAGACAGGAUUUAUCUCCGAGUGCCAGAGGAGCUCCACGGUGGAUUUCUACUUCUACAGAGUGACCCUGAACAGCUCCACCUCCAUAUCUGACUCCGGGGGGCUGCAGUGGCCCGUGGUGGUCUGUCUGCUGGCCGCCUGGACUCUCAUCUGUAUCGCCUACAUACGGGGAAUAGGCACUUCAGGAAAGGCGGUGUACGUCACGGCCAUCCUGCCCUACAUCGUGUUGGCCAUCUUCCUCAUCCGGGGGCUGACCCUCAAAGGCUCACUGAGCGGAAUCAAGUUCCUCUUCACUCCAGAUGUGGAGGAGCUGAGUAACCCCACCACCUGGCUGGAUGCAGGAGCUCAGGUGUUUUACGCCUUCAGCAUAGCCUGGGGAGGCCUGAUCUCCUUCUCCAGCUACAACCCUGUUCAGUAA